AUGUCGCAGCCGACGAUGUUGAUGUCGCCCGCCUUGUACUGCCAACGCGGGUCGAACCGCGGCGUCGCGCCGCAAAAGUCGCGGAGGAACGCGUACCGCGCCUUCCCCGCGGGCGCGAGCGCGAUGAGGUCCGCCCACCCGAUGGGCUCGCCGACCUCGGCGUCAAUCGCCGCCUUGGCCUUCUCGAGCUGCUUCACCGCCGGCGCGAACUUUUCGUUCCCGGGACGGUCGAGCUCGAAACGAAUCGAUCCGUUCAGCCCGCCCUUCCCGGUCGCCGCGUCGAACGUCCCCGCGUCGCGGAUCGCGAGCGCGAUGAGAUCGUCCACGGACGCGGUGACGUACUUCUCGAUGAUCGGGAUGCAGUAUCCCGCGUACACCGUCUGCGCUCUGAGCGCGGCGGCGACGGGGAUCUCCUCCACCGCGUUCAGCGAGUGA